GGCCAGGGCAGCCGCCUGCCGCCGAGCCCCGAGCGCCGCUGCUCGCGGAAGCGCUGUCGGCCGGGAGCUGCGGCCGCCGCCACCAGUUUUCAUGUUUGGGAUUCAGGAGAAUAUUCCGCGCGGGGGGACGACCAUGAAGGAGGAGCCGCUGGGCAGCGGCAUGAACCCGGUGCGCUCGUGGAUGCACACGGCGGGGGUGGUGGACGCCAACACGGCCGCCCAGAGCGGCGUGGGGCUGGCGCGGGCGCACUUCGAGAAGCAGCCGCCUUCCAACCUCCGGAAAUCCAAUUUCUUCCACUUCGUGCUGGCGCUCUACGACAGGCAGGGGCAGCCGGUGGAGAUUGAAAGGACCGCUUUUGUGGACUUUGUGGAGAAAGAGAAAGAGCCCAACAACGAGAAAACCAACAACGGCAUCCACUAUAAACUCCAGCUGCUGUACAGCAACGGAGUCAGAACGGAGCAGGAUCUGUAUGUUCGGCUCAUAGAUUCAAUGACCAAACAGGCCAUCGUCUACGAGGGCCAGGACAAGAACCCGGAGAUGUGCCGCGUGCUGCUGACCCACGAGAUCAUGUGCAGCCGGUGCUGUGACAAGAAGAGUUGUGGCAAUAGAAAUGAAACACCCUCAGACCCUGUGAUCAUUGACAGAUUCUUUCUAAAGUUUUUCCUCAAGUGCAAUCAGAACUGUUUGAAGAAUGCAGGCAACCCUCGGGACAUGCGGAGAUUCCAGGUUGUCGUCUCGACAACGGUCAACGUGGACGGCCACGUGCUGGCCGUGUCCGACAACAUGUUUGUACACAACAACUCCAAACACGGGCGGCGGGCCCGCCGCCUGGACCCGUCAGAAGGUACGGCCCCUUCUUAUCUGGACAAUGCCACUCCGUGCAUCAAGGCCAUCAGUCCCAGCGAAGGCUGGACCACGGGCGGAGCGACUGUGAUCAUCAUUGGUGACAACUUCUUUGACGGGCUCCAGGUUGUGUUCGGGACGAUGCUGGUGUGGAGCGAGCUGAUAACUCCGCACGCCAUCCGCGUCCAGACCCCGCCAAGGCACAUUCCUGGAGUGGUCGAAGUCACCCUCUCCUAUAAAUCCAAGCAGUUCUGUAAAGGCGCUCCAGGGCGGUUUGUCUACACCGCGCUUAACGAACCAACCAUAGAUUACGGCUUUCAGAGGCUGCAGAAAGUGAUCCCGAGACAUCCGGGUGAUCCCGAAAGGUUACCCAAGGAAGUGUUACUUAAGAGGGCAGCGGACCUGGUGGAGGCCUUGUACGGGAUGCCCCACAACAACCAGGAGAUCAUCCUGAAGCGAGCGGCCGACAUCGCGGAGGCGUUGUACAGCGUCCCUCGCAACCACAACCAGAUCCCCGCCCUGGGCAACACCCCCGCGCACACGGGCAUGAUGGGCGUGAACUCCUUCAGCAGCCAGCUAGCCGUCAACGUCUCAGAGACGUCACAAGCCAACGACCAAGUCGGCUACAGUCGCAAUACAAGCAGCGUGUCCCCGCGAGGCUACGUCCCCAGCAGCACUCCCCAGCAGUCCAAUUACAACACAGUCAGCACUAGCAUGAAUGGAUAUGGAAGUGGCGCCAUGGCCAAUCUAGGGGUCCCGGGCUCGCCUGGAUUUCUUAAUGGCUCCUCCGCUAACUCUCCCUACGGCAUAGUGCCGUCCAGCCCCACCAUGGCAGCCUCUUCGGUCACCCUCCCUUCAAACUGUAGCAGUACACACGGCAUUUUCUCAUUCUCACCUGCCAAUGUCAUCUCUGCAGUGAAACAAAAGAGCGCCUUCGCGCCCGUGGUCCGGCCCCAAGCCUCCCCUCCUCCUUCCUGCACCAGCGCCAAUGGGAACGGACUGCAAGGCUCUCUGCUGGGUGCUGAGGACGCUACCGUGGAGAAGACAAACUGGCCCUUUUGUGAAGUCGGUGGCAUAUUUCACUUUGAUGAACUAAUGCUCAAAAAAGGAACUGGAAAGCUAUGUCUGGGCUGGUAGUCCCGCCAAUGUGAGGUUACCUUCCGCCACGCCCAGCAUAUCCCAGGAUGGACUUCAGGGGACACGUUAGUGCGUGCGACUGCUGAUGGAGUCAGUACCUUCAGCAGCACAUCAGCAGCGGCUGAGAGGCUACCAGAGACUUUGUUUAAAGAUUUUAUUUAAACUAGUAAGAAUCGACAUGCAAACAACCUACUUCUUCACGAACAAUUCCAUUUUACUGAGCGAACUUUUCACAUUUCCCAGUCCUGAAGAUUAAGGAAAACAAAGCGACGCCUAUUUUGUAUAAAGUUUCCGACUCCGUCUUGGCUCUGUCUAGUACUUGCUAUGUGUUGGGAGAAGCUCUGUGAAUGCACCGUUUUGAUUAUCAUGAAACACUGACGAAAAAUGCCUCCAAACAUUUUUCUGUACUCAUACUUAGAGUCACAAUGGUUGUGUAUCUCUCUAUAAUGUGAAAUAUUUUUCUGUGGUGAGAAAAGGGGGGCCAAGGAGGUCUGAGCCAUCAAACUGGGAGAAAGGGAGACUGUGUGAUGAGGAGAACGGGGUGGCAGGGAGGGGGGAGGGUUUCCCAUCGCUUAACUUCAUCUUAAUGAAAUGAAACUUUGUAACUUAUUGUAGUUAGAAAUUGUAACUUUGAUAUUGAAUUCUCUUGCCUUCAACAAGCACACUGACAGAGAAAAAAAAUGCUACUGUCUGUUGGUGAAACUAUUCUCCCACUGCUAGAGCUUCCUGUUAAGCAAGUGUGAUCUGCGACUUUUUUUUCAACUUUUGCUAGCACUGUAUACUAUUGCAUUCUUAGGCUACUGUGAGGUCCAUGUUUCUUGUACCAGAAAUUGUCCUUUUGACUUCUAGAUCCUUCUUCCCCGAUGUGUUUUGUAUGUGGUUAUAAAAUUGUAGACUUUUGUGAUUUUGCCAAAGUUGUAGCUAACUAUUUAUACACUUGUCUUGAAUUUUUUUCAGAUCCACUUCAAUAUUUAGAGAAAAACAAGUUUUAUUCCUUAUGCAUCUUGUAAGGAAUAAAAUGGUCUCCAUCCAACACUUCCUUUUCCAUGAACACUUGCUGUUGCGAAGGGACUUUAUUUUGUAACAUAUCAAUUAUAAAUAUUGUAUUUAUCUUUGAAAUUUUGUACAUUGCUUUUCCUGCCAUUUUUUGUUCCUGUUUUUUUUUUAUCUUUUCUUUUUUUUUUUUCUUGUCUGUAUCGGUUUUUCGAUCAUGGCCUGGUGUUGCGAUGCUGGGACAAGAGCAUUAAGCCAAGAACUGUCUGUUUGAUCUGUUUUGUUCGCUGAACCAGCAUCCCUGCAUUUCCUUUGUCCUUCCCAAAUUUGUCUUUGUUUAGACUUCUCGUCAUUUUUUUUUUUAUUUUGAGGAAAAGUCAAAUUCAUUGUUUAUUUUUAUAUUAUUUUUAAGUUAUCUGAACAAAUACUUUUGAAGAAAAAAAAAAGUUUGUUGUAUAGUCAAAACAUAACGGUGCCCCCCCCAACCCGGCUGUGACAAAUCCUAGUAGAAUCCGUGCAUGUGAAACGGCCACGAAGAGGUGACACCGUUUGGGGCUGUGUCCUUAUUUUAUUCGUUUUUUUUUUUUUUUUUUGGUAGAAUGUAAAAAGUCAUUUUAGCUGCCACUCAUGACUUUGCCACAUAGCUGAACUGUGUUUACUGGAAGAAUUCAGAGGCCUAAAGUUUAAAAUAAAAUUUACUUCUGAUGUUUUAAUUAAAAUGUUUGCCACAUGAACUUCUCUGAUGCCUUAAAAGUGGACUUCUUUAAGGAACCUUUGUGCUAUUUUAUCACAGGCUUAUACCACAAUUGUUAAUCAAUAUUUCCUUUGGAGAGUUAUGGUGUAAACACACACACACACACACACACACACACACAAAAGCACAAGCCCGGUGAUCCACAAGUCCCUCCCUCCUGGGCCUGGUUCUGCUGCAUCCUGCCUUCUCCCAGGCCCCGCUCAGAGGCAGAGAGGUUUCUGGGGACCCGCAUCGGCCCCUCAUUGAAAAUUCCUUUUUAACUUUUGCUGUGAUCAACCCCAACAGCACACUGCCUGUCCCUUUUCAACGGGAAGGACCUCCUUCAGAGGCUCGACCUAUUCGUGCCAAACCCACGGUGAGACCAAGCGGGUCGGCUGUGUUCCCUUCCCUUGGCAGACACGGCACAGCCAGCAUCUGGCAGACUGCAGCAGAAAUCAGAUCUCAAACAAAAAGGAGGGACUUUUUCAAACUUUCUUGACAAACCCCCCAGUAAAACAACGCAGGACUUAAGAAAGGGUCCGUGUGAGGGACGAAAUGAAAGGAGCCGAACGUCCCCCGGGGUGGGCGGGUCACACUCUGGCCCCGUGACGAGCCUGAGAAGUCACUUUGGAACUAAAUUGCCUCCGUUUAAUUUUGUCUAAGGAAGGGUCUGACCCAAGAAAGCAAGCUCCCGUGUCCAUGGUAUAGGGACGUUUGCAAGUCUUUCCGCCCCUGCACUUGGUUUGUGUUUUAGGUGAAUUAGUCGCCCUCAUGGCUUCAUUGUCUCAAAACCGAGAGCGCCACUAAAUGGUAGAUUUUACUGUUAAAGACCCUACAAUAAGAUUGUUUUAUCUGUACAUUUUUUCAGAUAUUUAACUGUAUAAAAAUGUUCAUUUUACACAAUAUUUAAUUAAAGUAUUUCUUGUCUGUGAAUUUCA